UCAAGGAAUUGAGGAUUAAAUAUGCAUCUAUAAUUUUGAUUUUAAGCUUUUUAACGCUUAAAAUAUGACAUCGUACAAACCUGAUUACAGCAUAACUUGCCGAAUAUGUUUGAUUGCUGGAGGUGGCUUUUUAGAUAUAUUUUCCGCUGGAUUAUCAUACACAAAUAUUGCAACUGCUGUAAUGGAGUGCGUCCCCGUGACGAUAAUACCUGGUGACGGAUUACCUCCAUUUAUUUGUCAUGAUUGUAUGAAUAAAUUACAUGCAGCUCAUCAUUUUCGUGCAUUAUGCCUACGUUCUGAUAUUACAUUACGCAAAAAUUUAAGUACGUUAUCACAUGUAAGAGUAGAAGAAGGUCAUUAUUUAAAUCCUAACAAAAAAUUUGAUGAUGUUAAAGUUCUUGCGAAUGAUAUUAUAAUCAAUGCAUCUGAUGAACAAUCGGCGCUACAAACUUCAGAGAAACGACGUAUUCAUUUGUGUGAAAUAUGUGAAAAAGUAUUUAAACGUAGUUCAGAUUUACAACGUCAUAUGCGUAUGCAUACAGGAGAAAGGCCGUAUAAAUGCGAUGUUUGUGAUAAGACUUUUAGUCAACCGGCUCAUGUGACCUCACAUAAACGGACGCACACUGGUGAACAACCGUUUCAAUGUUAUGUGUGUGAUAAACGGUUUACUUUUAAAACCGCGUUAACAAUACAUAUACGUUUGCAUAGCGGUGAAAAACCAUAUCAAUGUGAAAUUUGUAGUAAAACUUUUAUAAGUAGUAGUUCGUUAUCGAAACAUAAACGCUUUCAUUCCAAUGAAAAACGUUAUACAUGCGAUUUAUGUGAUAUGAAGUUUAAGGAAAACUCAUCAUUAAAAUUACAUAAAAUAACACAUUCUGGUGUGAAACCAUUUGAAUGUAAUGUUUGUGGUAAAGGUUUUGCAGUUUCGUUUAAUUUAGUUCGACAUAUGAGAACACAUACUGGUGAAAAACCAUUUCAUUGUAAUAUGUGUGAGAAAAGCUUUGCAGAUAAUUUUAUCUUAAAAAGUCAUUUACGUACACAUACCGGGGAACGACCAUAUACUUGUGAUAUCUGUAAUAAACGAUUUCGUGCAAGUUCUGCGUUAACAAUACAUAAACGUAUGCAUACUGGAGAAAAACCAUACACGUGCGAUGUCUGUGGUAUGAAAUUUAUUACAAGAAGUAAUUUGAUGCGGCAUCGAAAAUCACAUAUAAAAUAAACGAUAUUGUUCAAAUAGGCUUUUUAACCAUUCAUUUUGUUUCAACUAGUUGGAAAAUGUUGAGCAUUGCGACAUGUAGUUAAUAAAACGUAUUCGGUAGUACUGAAUCUUUAAUUUUGCUUGAAGACUUUGCUUAUAAAAAACUAGAGGCACUAAUCGAUAAAAUUUUACCAGUUUCAUUUGAUAUUUCUUGUUAGUUUAGUCUUAGUUCACGCCAAUCAAAUAAUGAUUUCACGCCCUUGAAAAAUGAGUGAAGAACCGUCUUAAGAAUAAUAUCUUAUAUAUUAUAUUACAAUACUUCAGGCGGAGAGAGAGAGCAAUUAUGAAAUAGAUUGUAUGCAAAUUAUCUUUUUAUUUGUUUGUCUUAAUUAGUCAAGUUUGGCAAAUGCCGUAAUUUAUACCAAAACAAGGUUUGCAAGCUGGAAGUAAACUUGAAAAUUUGUUUAAUCUUCAAAAUUAAAAUUAUGUAAGUUUUACCAGUAUACAGUCUGACUACUAUGUAUAAUUUUUUAAUCAGAUGGACGAGUAUGGCAAGCCGGAGUAUCUAGCGUUAAUGUGUGAGCUUUCUAUGUCUGCUCGUCGCACAAUGAUGUUCUGAAAAUGUUAUACGAAAAACAAAAAAUAUUCAUUUAUUAAAAUUUUUAUUGACUCCAAAGUAUUUUACAAUUACAUAUACGUAUUAAUUUGUUGUAUAGCACGAUUUUUCUUUUUAUUACAUUUAUUUUUGUUAAUUUUAUUGAACUACAGCAGAGUGUACUCUGCCCCAUAGA